CCCAGCGUUUCCCAAGAGUCAAGACCGCCCGUCUCCGUGUCUCGCGUCUUGUCUAGCCUUCUAUUGGAUCGCACCAGGGCCCGCCAUACUGCUCAAGCGUCGCCUGUCUCCCAUUACCCCACAGCUGGAGGAUCGCACCGCGACAGCAGCAGUCCUUCCCGUCUACCUGCUUGUCCUCUUGUGCAUACUCCAGAACCCCAGCGCGCCCCAUAGAUGCUUCUGAAGUCUGCGAGGCCCGGUAGCCAUGGCCUCCGUCGCAGUCGGUACGAAGCGAACGUUCUCCGCAAUGGUCGGUGACACGGCCCGGAGCAGCGACUGGGCUUCUCCAGCAAGAUCACCCAGCUCUCAUGGAUUUGAACGGCCGCGCGUAGCCGGUGUUGAAGAAACUUAUUCGAUGCAGUCAAGUGCGCGGUCGACACCGCGAACCACACCUACGCCAAUCCCUCCUGUGGAGUCCCGACGAAAAUUCGACCCGAAUGCGUCCAUAGUAUUGAUAGGAAUUCGGGGGACUGGGAAGUCUACCUUGGCCAUCAUGGCUUCGAUAGCAUGUCGACGCCGCGUAGUAGAUGUGGAGAACGUCUUCCAAGAAGCCACGGGAUUUUCCACUUCCAAGUAUCGCAAGCAGUUCGGAGCUUCGAACCACAACCUUCGGCAAGAGGAGCUCCUGCGCAACAUACUGCAAUCGCACGCGAAAGGCGCAAUCAUCGUCUGCAACGGAAGUUCAUUGGAGCGCAGUGGGCAGAUCCUGCUUCAAGAUUUCUCCAGGUCGCAUCCUGUCAUACAUGUGCUAAGAGACAUAAAAAGCGUACACGACUAUCUCGAAGUGCUUGAGUUCGCCAAGCUCAAGGACAUCGUAGCCUUCAGCGCCCCAAUGUUCCGUCGGUGCUCGAACUACGAGUUCUACAACAUUUCUGAAACGAAAGCGGCAUUUUCAGUAGCGCCCGCGAAUCAGCCUUCCGUGCCCGCAUUCCUCACCCUAAAACGAGCCGAGCGAACCUUUCUGAAGUUCCUCUCGUUAAUUGUACCGACACAAAGCGAAGAUGAGCCGCUGGAGCAAGGACUACGCCUUCCAUCUGCUGCGGAACGAGCUGGUUUUCCGCUUUCUGGAGUGCCAGUGGAAUUGAGGAAGUACACUUGCGCGGUGCAAGUUCCCCUGACAGACCUUUGCUCAGAAGAUGUCGACAUUGAAAAUUUGGAAUUUGGAUCCGACGCAUUCGAGAUAGUUGUCGAGCCCGAAGACGUAGAUCUUUACCAUUUUGACAACCCUUCGCGGGCGACUAUGAUCAGUCGCGCCGUAUCUAGAGUCCGAAGAAGCACAGUUGUUCCGAUCAUAUAUCAUGUAACGCCCGCAGAGGGACCACAACGAACUUCAUAUAUUGAGCAUGUCCAACACGGCUUGCGCCUAGGGCCAGAGUUCGCCACCGUCGAUCUACGUCUGGAUGAGGAGACUGUACUGAAUGUCAUCGAGACAAGAGGGUCAACAAAAAUUAUUGGUCAUCUCCAUGCUUCGACCGAUUGGUAUGAUGCAUUCUGGGUCGACAAUUACGAAAGAGCAAUGCGGUUGGGAUGCACCGCUGUGCGAUUCACCCGACCUGCUAACUAUAUGGACGACAACCAGUCAGUCCAGAGCUUCCGAAAUAAGAUUUACGACAAGAAGGACAGGAUUCCACUGAUAUGUUUCAAUACUGGGCGAGCAGGUCGCCGCUCAGCAUGUUUCAACCAGGUAUUGACCAGUGUAAUCCCAGAGUCUGUGCGGGACAGUCCGUCUUUCACUGAACGAGUCCAGCGAAAUCCAGAGACUUCAUGGCUCUCAGUCCGGGAAGCAACUCACAUCCUGUACGCCUCCUUUACCUAUGACCCCAUGAAGUUCUACAUUAUGGGGGCCAGCGCCGGCUACAGUCUUUCGCCGGCUAUGCACAACGCUGCUUACAAGGCAUGCGGCAUGCCUCACCAUUUUCAGAGGCUCCAAACAUCCACCUUGAAUACGCUACAAGAGCUGGUCCAAGAUGUCAGCUUUGGAGGCACAGCUGUAAGCCAGCCAUUCAAGUUAGAGGUCAUAUCGCUGGUGCAUUCGAUGAGUCGGCACGCACGGGCGAUAGGCGCGGUAAAUACGUUGAUUCCUGUGCGACACCUCAACAAGGAUGGAAGCAUCCCAGGAGACCUGGAAUUGUUCAUGGAACGCAACCAGUCUGGACCAAUCAAAGCUUUGUACGGAGACAACACAGAUUGGAUAGGCAUUCGAUCUUGCAUUCGCAGAGGUUUGUCGCCCGCAAACGCUGUGAGACCGACAACGUGCGGGCUCGUUAUCGGCGCUGGAGGCAUGGCUCGCGCCGCUGUAUACGCCAUGCUUCAGAUUGGGGUGAAGAACAUCAUCAUCUACAACCGCUCCCAUGCAAAUGCGGAAAAGCUUGUGGCUCACUACGAGCGUCUUGUUUCUUCGGCGUCAAGUACGGGCCUCCUCCCUACAAGUCAUCGCGACGCGCGACCAACGUUCCGCAUCCUACGGUCUCUUGAUGAGGAAUGGCCAACGGACCUGCGCCCUCCCACCAUCAUCCUGUCCUGCAUACCCACACACCCUGUCGGAGAGGCACCUGCACCCAGCUUCACACUCCCGAAGCAGUGGCUGCACAGCCCUUCAGGAGGUGUGGUGAUCGAAUUAGCCUAUCGAACACUCAAUACGCCUUUGAUGAAGCAGAUUCGCGAAGAAACCUCGGGUGCAUGGGUAUGCAUGGACGGACUAGACCUCCUGCCCGAGCAAGGCUUUGCGCAGUUUGAACUUUACACAGGAAAGAGAGCUCCCAGAAGGGUUAUGCGCGAAGAGGUUUUGAGGUCAUGGACGGAUGAGCAGGGACGAGGUGAUCCGGCCAUGGUGCAGACGAGGCUGGAAGCGAUCGACGACCAGGAACCGUGA